CAUUUGACAAGUUGUUGUAAAACACCGUCUAUUUUUGGCAUUUAUGGAUUGUUAAUAAUAAAUUCAUACAAUAACUUAAAUUGUGAAUAAACUGUAGUUCGACUGUCGUGUUUUCGUGUUUUUCACUUUUGCAACCAUGAGUGAUUUAAGACACCGUCGUGGAGAAGGCGACGGGACUGAAAAAGCGGAAACUGCUGGAGAAUCCGAUCAUGUGGAUUCAGAAGAAGAGAAGGUCUUAGAAGAGAAAUAUGUGGAUGAAAUGGCAAAAAACUUGCCACAGGGAACGGAUAAAACACCUGAAAUUCUUGACUCGGCGUUGUCCGGAUUAUCUUCUAGAUGGAGAAAUUGGGUGAUUCGGGGUAUCUUCACCUGGUUGAUGAUUGCGGCUUUUUGUCUCCUGAUUUAUGGAGGGCCGUUAGCUUUGAUGAUAACAGUUUUAUGUGUUCAAGUGAAGUGUUUUGAAGAGAUCAUCAACAUUGGCUACGCUGUAUACCGGAUCCAUGGUCUUCCAUGGUUCCGUUCACUCUCCUGGUAUUUCUUGCUAACUUCCAACUACUUCUUCUAUGGAGAGAAUCUGAUUGAUUAUUUUGGCGUCGUUAUUAAUAGAACGGAUUACCUCCGAUUUCUGGUGACGUAUCAUCGCUUCAUAUCGUUCUGCCUGUACUGCGUUGGAUUCGUGUGGUUCGUACUGUCGCUUGUGAAGCGGUAUUACAUGCGACAGUUCAGCCUUUUCGCCUGGACCCACGUUGCUCUCCUCAUCGUCGUCACCCAGAGCUAUCUCAUCAUACAAAAUAUAUUCGAAGGUCUGAUUUGGUUCAUCGUGCCCGUGUCCAUGAUAAUCUGCAAUGACGUCAUGGCCUACGUGUUUGGUUUCUUCUUCGGGAAAACACCUCUGAUCAAGCUGAGCCCCAAGAAAACCUGGGAAGGGUUCAUCGGAGGCGGUUUCUCUACAGUUGUCUUCGGUCUUGUUCUGUCCUACCUGAUGUCACAAUACCCGUACCUGGUGUGCCCGAUCGAGUACUCGGAAUCUCUCGGCCGCAUGACCAUGGACUGCGAACCGUCACUGCUGUUCCGUCUCCAAGAAUACACGCCGCCCCAGUUCGUGCAGCCGGUCAUGAAAGUCUUUGGAAUGGAGAAACUCAACAUGUACCCGUUUAUGAUUCACUCGCUCGCUUUGAGCAUAUUCAGCUCAGUCAUCGGACCUUUCGGCGGCUUCUUUGCAUCUGGAUUCAAACGGGCUUUUAAGAUUAAGGACUUCGGCGAUGUGAUCCCCGGCCACGGCGGCAUCAUGGACCGUUUCGACUGCCAGUUCCUGAUGGCCACCUUCGUCAACGUCUACAUCACCAGUUUCAUAAGGACAGCCACUCCGCAGAAAUUACUGCAACAGGUCUACAAUCUCAAACCGGAACAGCAGUUGCAACUCUUCUACGCACUCAAGGAGUCUCUCGAGAACAGGAAUAUCCUCAACAUGGUACCUUAGACGCGUUAAACGAACACAAGGUAACCUAUUUACUCAUAGACAAUUGACUACAUACCUAAUGUGUGAGUUCACACUUGACUGAUAAACCGCCGCGACGCAGUGACUACGGAAUUGUCUACCGUUUCUCGAUGCGGUCAGUGCCAAGUAUAUUGAACUUCCUUUUGUAAAUCUGGUUGUAUUUUUAAGAUGUUGACCACCGGUGGACUGUUUAUGGGCGUUACAUCCCGAAUUAUGACGACGAAUGGGUAUUAGCAGUGCAUAUUACGUUGUUAACGUGCCAACGCCGCGAAUUAUUAGUCAGAUUUGAUACAAUACAGAAAGAGAUAAUAUUAUAGGGAAUCGCUUUGAGAUAGAGUGAGAUGCAAACAGUAUUUACAUGUUAGAAACAACAGAACAAUAAGACUUGCACCAUAGUGUAAAGUAAAUAAUAAUAAUAAUACAAAUAAAUGAUUACUUGUGAUGGUCGAAUUUAUAUGGCGUCAGUGUGUCAGCAGCGUUAGAUAUAAUAACAAAUAUACAGGGUGUCAAUUGGAAUUGGGGAAUUUUUGAUGAUUUGUAUGAGUGAUAGGGAGUGUAAUAUUUUAGCCCAAAACCUUAGUCCACCGCUGGCGUCGCCAUAGUGAUAUGAAAAUUAACGUAAUAUAUACAAUAAUAUGAUCUCUGAAACAUGACGAUAUAGCCGUCGACUGUUGUAGCGGAUAGCGUUUUGUCCGUCAAGUGUGGUGGUAUUCUAACGUAUUAUAACAUAUCGUUUGUACAAUGCUCGAGAACAAAUAAUUCAAUAAUUAUAAAAUAUAAUAGACAUUACUAAGUUGCUUUUAUCAUCAUCAUCAUCAUCAUCAUCAUCAACAUCAUGUUAUCAGUCAUUAACUGUCCACUGCUGAUAAUAGAUAUCUCCCAUAAGGGAUGUUUUGCCAAUAGUUGCUACACUUGGUAACUGCAGUUAGGCUUUGGUGAUGUUUAAGAACUCUGCUGCCGAUCCCUCGACAAUUGAGUUCUUUUUGUCGCCUCUUAUGAGACCCACAGGAAAGGAAAAGGUAGUCCAUUCUAUAGCUGGACCACACCGCAACUUAGUUGUUUUAUUAUUAAUUAAAUAUUUAUAAUUUACUUCGCAGGAUAGUAAAAUUAACCUCUCCAUAUAAUUGCAUACGUUUUAUUGUAUUAUAUCGUAACGGUACAAUCGUACGAUAUCGUGAUAAGAGGAGUCAUUUGGUAAAUGAAAACGAUUAAGCAGUCAAUUGUUAUUUUUGUUAUUGUUUAUUUUUCUCGAGUAUUGUAUAUAAAUGAAUUAAUAAAAUGUUCUAGUCCUAUGUAAAAUCAUUUGCCCCGAUAUAUUAAUAUUGUGUUACGUCCAUUAAAAUAUUGUUAUAAUACCUCCUAAUAAGCGAAUUACAAAACAAGAAAAUAACAAACCCACCAAAGAAUUAUUCGAGGCAAAUGAUCCGUACUGAUAUAUAUCGAUACGAUAUAGAAUACAAUUAUGAUUUAUAAAUCAUCCCAAGAAAUAUCGGAAUGUAGUUUAAUUUUAUGUUUAUAAUAAACGUAUUAAAAUAGUGAUUUAAAUAAUAUUAAGGCUAUCGCGCGGGUAAUUGAUGUAUUGUUAUUCUUGUAUUGUUGGUUGUAAUUCAUAUAAUACUUAUGGCAAUAUAUUUCUGUAUGACUAAUAGUUAUCCAAUUGAAAUAUCGAUAUUAUUGAUUGUAAAAAUCUGAUAACGAACCUGUGCGUAUGCCUUUACAUUUAUAAAAAAUACGAUCAAAAACAAAUAUUUAUUUAAAUAAAUACUAGCAAAUUAACUAAACUACUGUUAAUAAUUAAAUAAACUACUGUUAUCGUCUUAUUCAUAUAAACGUAAAACCUCCAAUAGUAGACCUGUUUAAGAAAAUUAUUGUCUCUUUUUUUUUCAAAUUAUAAACGGGCACAUGUCCUCGCGGCAACGCACGGCGACGCGCGAUCGUUGCGUUGACAUGACAGAAGCAAAUCGAUAGAUUGUGUAGAAGCGCGAUAACCGCACGAUAUCGCGCGUUCUUGUAGGGUUGAACGAAUUUAGAAGUUAGUAGGUAGGAGUUAGGUAUAUAUAUGGUGCCGUGCGGGGCAAUCGUUCGCGCGGUCGUUUGUGUCGGCCCUAAGAAAUUUGUUUCAGAUUUCUAAAAUAGGUUUAUGUGUUGAAUGUUUAACGUUUUUGUUAAUUAUAAAAUUAAUAAUUACGGAUCUUGAGAAUUACAAAUUAUAAGUCCUCAGUGUACUCUGUGACACAGAAUAUAUUUCGAAUUAAUAUUAAGUAUUUUAUUUAGUACUCGUAAUUGUAAUGUUUAGGUAAUAAGAUGCGUUUAGUUUCCUCGAAUGUUUUUAGUAAUAUGUCAAAAACUUGUACUGCUUUAAUGCGCAGCCUGUGAUGACUGGGCGUAGAAUAUGUAUUAAAUAGUUUUAAAAAAAUAAAGCUUUCCAAAUAUAUCACGCUGACAGCAACAUCUGGUAUAGAUUAUGGAAUUUCUGUUAAAAUAGCUGCUUUCCAUUUUUAAACGCCGACUGAUUAAAAAGUGAUUUUUAAAAAGAAAAUUAUGGUUUUCUCGAAUAAAACAAGAUUGUGGUUGAGUCAUAAAAUAGUAAAAAGUAUAGCUUCCAAGCAUUUAAUAAAUGUAUAUUAUUAUUGCCUAGAAUUUUUAGGCUUGCGAUGUGAUUUUUUUUAUCUUUUUUUUUUUUAAUUGUGUAUGUAUUAGGCAUUUAUUUCAUAUUAUUGUGAUGCGAUUCUUUUUUAUGACUACAUUCUUAUUCACAAAGAGCGAAUUCGAAUAGUAAUAGAAUUUGUGGCUAGUUAAUAUGUUUAUUUGAAUUUUUAAUCAUUUAUAUCGAAAUUGUAUUAAAUAUUUAGGAUAUAUAAUAUAAUAUUAUUAUAUUUUUAUCGACACUGCAUUUGGUUGCAUUGCACUAUAGUUAAUCGGUUAUGUUAAAAUAGAUACUCAUAGAUUGAGUAAGGUUUUGGGUUUAAGGUUGGGGGUGAAGGGAAAUUAGGUAAAUAAUUGUUUACCAUAGAUAGAAAUAACAUAUAGUUGCCACGUAGCAAAAUUUUUAAAAUAAACAAUAACGUAAAAAGAGAAUGCCAUAGAAAUGUUAUCAGCGUAUGCAUUGUGAAAUAGUAAUAGUAUGACGUCACUGAAUAAACGAACGAACAAAAAAUGCACUUUCUUAUUCGCGAUAUAUAAAAGUGACGUACCUAUCUAAUUUGAACGGGUAAUACAAACAAUGCUUAAGACGUGGAAAAUAACUUGAAUCACCCAAAAAUAAAAGUAUGCACCAGGCAAAAGUAAGACAAAAAGUAGUUCCGAUCUUGCUCACACUUCCGUGUAUUGCUUAUAAUGCUGUCUCGUUCUAACUAAUCAAUACUGCGGGUACUAUAAUAAAUCUAUGAAUAAUAAUAUUAACACAGACUUACUUGACUCAAAGAAGCUUAAAUAUAUCGUUAAAUAAAACACUAUUCUAUCUGAUAUUGUAGUCGUGAGCGUGUUUUUUUUUUUUUUU